AUGCGCCCCGGAUCUUUGUCACUCCUCACGGCCUUGGCCAUUGGAGGCCUGCAGCUCGUCGCAGCCGAGGAUGGCACUCAUGUGGAACGCCCCCGUUACUAUUUCCCUCGCGAGGUGAAGCGCGUUGUGCGCAAUUACACCCAUCCCGACCCCGAAGUCGACACCAACCCGCUCGACUCGCUCCUCAGUAGCGCUGACAACCUUCUGGGUGGGACGACCACUUCUUCGGAGCCUGCUGCAACCUCCACAGCAGCUUCGUCUUCGGACUCUGGAAAGGAAGUGGUCGUGGUGGUUUCAAUUGAUGCUGAUGGCCACCGUCACACCCUGACCACGACCACCCGCACCGCCCAGCCGACUGACAUGGUCACCACGUCGACGACGUCCGAGAAGCCCGAUUCAAUUGCCUCAGCUGCUACGACGACCGAUGACGCUUCCACCAAAAAGGUUGACACCACCUCAGCUAGCACCGACUCCACGGCCAACACCGGUUCCUCGGCCAGCAAGACCACCACUGCCGCCUCGGCUGCAUCCACUGACGGAAGCCUCCUUGGAAGUGUCGGUGAUACUCUCGGCAGCGUUGUGGGCGGCGUGGGAAGUGCCUUGAGUAGCGUCGGUGUUGCGGCCACGCCCACUUCUACUUCUUCUGACGCAGUUUCAAGUGACCCAGCCUCAUCCGACGCAAUCUCAACUGGCGCAGCCUCAGCUGAUGCGGCCAUCAUCAAGGGUUCUAGCUCAGCCUCGAUCGCGACUGCCUCUACUACCGCGUCUCCCACGACAACCACUGAUGCUGGACUUGUUGGUGAUCUUGGUAGUGUUUUGAAGACCGUUGGUAGCGGUGUUGACACUCUUUUGGGCGGUGGCUCAAACACCACUUCGACCAAAGACUCCACCGCUCUGGUGUCUAAGACGGCCUCUAUCACCUCUGCAUCCGCUUCCGAGACUUCGACUGCUUCUUCCGGUAAUGUGCUCGGCGGUCUCAUCAGUGACCUCGGCCUUGGUGGCUCCUCCACCUCCGCUUUCCCCAUUGCUACUGCUUCCAACGGCGUGUCGGCCAUUCCCGUUAGUGUACCGGCGUCAACCACUGCUUUGGCCACUGCUACUGCAAUUGCUACUGGUACUGCUUCCUCAGACCCUCUGGCCUCCCUCGCUUCCAGUGUCGGACUUGGCGGACUUGUUCCUAGCACCGAGACUAGCAGCACAGGCAUUGGUUUGAUCCCCACCCCCGUGGCUCCCGCUAGCAGCCCAGUCAAGUCGACUGCCCUCACUGGCACUCCCACUGCUGGUGCUGGAAUCGGCUCCGGCUCCGGCUCCGGCUCUGCCACCAACAGUGUGGGCACUAUGCCUACUCCUCACAACUCGGGGGGCUCUGGUUCUGGCAUCGCAUCUAGCACUGUCUCUGGCUCUGGAGCCAUCCCUACCCCCACUGGAAGUGCCCACGAGAGCACCAAACCCGCCACAUCUGCUUCCACCCCUGUUGUUGUCGUUCCCGUUACGACAACCAGCUCGACCGAGGUUACGGCAACCCAGACCGCCACGCAGCAGGUUUCAAGCAACACCAAUGACUGGAUGCCAUCCAGUAUUCUCGUUAUGCCCACUAACACGCCCUCUGAGUCUACCAGCACCGGCACCAACACUCCGGAGACAGCUGUACCGACCGAGCUUCCUGGAUCGAUCACUCCCUCGACCAGUGUCAGCGAAGCUCCCUCAGACUCGAUAUUGCUCCAGCUUGGAUUCGAUAAACAUCUUCCUUGGUCAUUCGUCGCUACUACUCCGCUGUCUUCAUCUCAGAUCUUCGAGUACAUUCCUAUGGCUCUGAAGAACGCCAUGCCCAAUGCCGACGAGACCAUGUUCGCCCUUGAGCCUUACUACUCAUGGCAGUCAACUGGUUACAACGCCACCUUGGCUAUUUUCUACUUCCCUCGUUCUAAGAUGGAGGCGCUGAAGACAAUGAAGCUUAACCCGAACUCUGCCCUUUAUAAUUCUGACAACGAGGCUGUCCAGACCAUCAUGGCCAUGAUCGAUCCCUCAAUUCCCAUUGAGUUCACUGGCAACUACCCUACCGACACUGGCAGCUCAGCCACCGGCAGCCCCGGCAGCACUGACGACAACACUGAUGGUGGCAACUCUGACAAUGGAAGCGACGGUUCCGCCUCCAGCUCCAGCACCAAGGCCAGCUCCGUUGGCAUCGGUGUGGGCGUUGUGGCCGGUGCCGCCGCCUACGGUGCCGGUAUGUUCUGGGUCGCCCGUCGUUACCGCAAGAGAAAGCAGCUGCAUCAGCGCACCCCCUCAACCGUCGACCAAAUGAGCCAAGGCUCCAACGCUGGCUCCAUCUUCGGCGCCGGUGGCCGUGCCUCCAGCCAACGCUCGCAGAUGAUCAGCGCCCCGGUUAUGGCCGAGAACUCUCUGGGCUGGAACUAG